AUGUCUGCCGGCCCAGGAGCUGCGGUCCCCGUCACAAGCACGAUAAGGGACAGUCAGCCGUCGCUUGGCGGCGGAGCGGCCGCGGAGGGCGGAGAGGCGGCGGAGCGAGGAGGAGGGGGGGCUGGCGAUGGCGGGGGGAGGGAUGGGGUGGGGCGAGAAGGCGCGGGGAACGAUGGCGCGGGGAACGAUGGCGUGAGGGGAGACGAGGAGACGCUGCGGCGACUGAUGCAAUCGGAGCUGCUGUUUGACGUCGGGGCGGAGAAGAGCCCACUGGUGUACUGUGACGAGUACAACGUGCGCCUCUUUGGCAUCGAGAAGCUGCAUCCCUUUGACUCGGGCAAGUGGGGGCGCAUAGUGCGCUUUCUCAUUGAUGACGGGCGCAUACUGCCUCACCAGGUGGUGCACCCCAGGGCUGCUACCCACGACGACCUGCUGCUGGUGCAUUCUCACGAGUACCUGGACAGCCUUCGAAGCAGCUUCAAUCUCGCCACCAUUGGAGAGCUGCCUCCACUGGCGCUCUUCCCCAACUUCGUCCUCCAGCAUCGAGUCGUGCGCCCCUUCCGAUACCAGGCAAGGUGGGGGGCAGUGUGCUGGCAGCGAAGCUGGCAGUGGAGAGGGGAGCAGCGGUGA